CGCGCCGUCCGAUCCAUUAACGCGCUUCCCAUCUUCUUGUGCCAGCGAUCGUCGACACCACAAAUCGAAUAUUCGUGGAAGAUAAUAGACGACAAAAUGCUGCCUGUACAGAGCCCCAAGAAGAGCCCCCGGAAGAACCAGCCACGAAGCCCCGCAAAGGGUGCCAGACGGGCAAAACCGCCGCCUUCGUUGUUUGCGCCCAAGAAUUCGAUUCCCUCGAGCGCGAUACCGUCCUCCUCUCCCGCUUUCGCAACGCCAGCACACCCCUUAAGGCCCUUUCAACCCCCAGCUCCCGCUAAGGCAGCUGUACUACCGAUUAUUCUCCCUCCUGCGACACUGAGACCACUGGCAUUCCGCACGUUCACGAAGAAGCACAGCUUGACGCUAACAUCCUCGGCGCUGCAAGAGCUCGCAACAUUUAUUGGGAGACACUGUGGCUCGGGAUGGAGGGAAGAAGGUCUGGCAGAGAAGGUUCUGGAGGAAAUUGCGCGGACGUGGAAAAACCGCAAUGGGGGUGUCAUUGUGGACGGAACCAGCCCUGAGCUGAAGGACAUCCUCAAGACACUGGAGGGGAACAUGAGCGGCGGCAAGAUAAUGAGCGGAGCACGGGGCCUGAGUCGGCAGAACAGCUUGAUGCUCGAGCCUACUGAAGACGAAGACCACUCCAAGACCCGGCUGGGACUGAGGCCCAUGACAACACUCACCCGAGACGAUAGCCAAGCCAGUUUCGGCAUGUCCAGCAUCGGCCUCGACGAGGAACCGGACGACGAGGCGUCGCAAGACGUUAGGAGGUGGUUGAAGGUUAUCGGAGCGUUUGAGCAGCCCCGGUACACAUACAAUGUGGCCAAGAAGCACUUUGAAAAAAUCGCCUCCAAACCAUCCCUCUUACCACCAGCCUCUCACAAGACGGAAGCCUUCCGGAACAGGUACAACGUAAUCCACCAACGCCUCCUCCGCAACGAAGCCUUCCAGACCUCCGCCGUAACGAGCGCCCGGAGCACUGCCCUCCGGCGAGGCGCGACCUCGAUGCAGUCACACAAGAUCACCCCUAUCGCGAACCUUCUCGGCCGGCACGGCAGCAACCACAUGCUGCUCGGGAUGCUGAAUGUUCUGCCCACCGGUAACCUGGCCAUUAGUGACAUGACAGGGACGAUCGCGCUCGACCUCUCCCACGCCGUCGCCAUUCCGGAGGACUCGGCCUGGUUCACGCCCGGCAUGAUUGUUCUUAUGGACGGCGUCUACGAGGAAGAGGAGGAGUCGGUAGGCAAGGGGCUAAGCGGAAGCAGCGGUGUAGGGGGCACGAUCGGCGGCCGCUUCCAGGGCUUCUUCAUCGGCCAACCACCUUGCGAGAAGCGGCGAGCGACGCUGGGAGUGAGUGCCUUGGACGGAGGGGCGGACCACACCAUUGGCGGUGGCUUUGGGUGGAUUGAUUUUCUCGGUGUAGGCAGCGAGCGGGCUGUAGGAUCUCGGAUGCGUAAGAUGGAGCAAAGACUGCUACGGCAACGUGUGAUGGCCGACCCGGACAGUCCUGGGCGGAGCCGUGUGGUUGUCGUGGGCGAGCUGAAUCUCGACCAGCCGCGCAGUCUGCAAGCGCUGAAGAAGGUCCUCUCGCUCUACGCCACUGAUCCGGAAGGCUCGACCCCGAUGACCUUUAUCCUGACUGGAAACUUCACCACGCACGCAGUCCUGGCUCGCGGGGGCAGCGGCGGAAGCAUAGAGUACAAGGAGUUUUUUGACGCCCUAGCCUCUACGCUAGCCGAGUUCCCCAUGCUGCUGACCACAGCAACCUUCGUCUUCGUCCCUGGGGACAACGACGGGUGGGCCUCUGCGUUUUCAGGGGGGGCCGCCGUGCCGUUGCCGAGAAAGCCCGUUCCGGACCUGUUCACGUCUCGAAUCAGGAGGGUAUUUGCCGCGGCCAACGCCGAAGCCGGGCUCUCCCCCGCCGAGGGCAAGGGAGGCGAGGCCAUCUGGACGACCAACCCCAGCCGCCUGUCCCUCUUCGGACCCAACCACGAAAUCGCUCUCUUCCGAGACGACAUCUCGGCCCGCCUGCGCCGCUCCUCAGUCCGCCUGAAGAGCAAAGUCAGCACCACUGAAUCCCAACCCACCGGCACAGCUGCCAGCAGCGAAGACGUAACCAUGUCCGGCGCCAACCCCGCAGCCCCUCCCUCAUCUCCUCCCUCAACCGAAGCGCAAGCAGAUGCAAUGGACCUCGACGCGGCAUCUUCCGACCAACAACUACAACAGCCGCAGCAACAGCAAGACAUGGACAACAAGAUACCCUACGACGUGCUAGCCGCCCGCAAGCUCGUCAAGACGCUCCUCGACCAGGGCUUCCUCGCCCCCUUCCGGCAGUCGGUCCGGCCGGUGCACUGGGACUACGCAGCCGCCAUGUACCUGUACCCGCUGCCGACGGCGCUGGUGCUGGUGGACACGACGGCGCCGGCGUUUUGCGUCACGUACGAGGGCUGCCACGUCAUGAACCCGGGCAGCGUGCUGGUCGGCGGGCGCAGGGGCGUCGCACGGUGGGUCGAGUAUGCGGUGGGUGCUGGGAGGGGCGGGAGGGUUAGGGAGUGCACUUUUUGAUCUCUAGAUAGCUGUGAUGGUGGUGGUGGUGGUGCUAUGUGUCGGGUGUUGUGGUGGGUUCCUGGAUUGUGUUGGUCUUUUAUUUUGAUGAAUUCCUUUCCAGAACUCAAUUCUGGUCGUGUGACUGGGGCAAUGGCAACUGUACGGUGAUGAUGCCGCUUUGGUAAGCAUGGAUUGAUGCAUGACGAGUCGAUAGGCGGCCUGGGCGAGGGAAGUUGGUGCUUCGGCGAACGGUUGAGGGAUGAUGAUCAAUGCCAGUGCUGUGUUGCUUGAUGGGAAAUUCUCGUCCCAAUUCCUCGCGAUCUACAACAACCAGCCACUUCGAGCUCCGUAGGGCAACGACCACAUGCACCAGCUGCCAAACUGAAUUCAGUCCGGCCAACCAACGCGAGAUGAGACAAACUCGAUCCAUCA